AUGUCUUAUUUGAGUGCGUCAGAAAAUGUGGGCUUCAGUGGUAUUCCACAAAAUAUAUCAGAGGCAAGUUGUGCUUCUCAGUAUAAGAUGGCAGUCGAGGGUGCCUCCUCGGGGAGCUGUGGUGAAGUGAAUAUGUUCCUACAUGACAACUCUGGAGAUGAACAACCGUACAUUCAUCUCAAUGACAAUUUCUACCCCAAGUUUAAAAUUGAUCCCAACGAAUUAUACACCUUCCAUGAUUCUGAUGUAAUAGCUGGAGAAAUUACUGUCAGCCACACAGAAGACAAUUUUAUGUUCUCCGAUAGUGUUGAUAUUAAGAGUAAGCUGUUAGCAGACAGUCCAAGUAAAGAGCUCGAUCUCAUAGGUGCAUUCACAAAUGGCGAUAUUAAGGAGGAUAUCAAGAAAGAGGUGGUAUCUAAUGGGCAUUAUCCACCAGUGGCCAAGCCGAUUGCAAACUAUAAAGACAGUAAGACUACUCAUACCAAAGUUUUGAAAGUUAAAAAUCAGACUCAGAUGAAGGAGCCUCCUAGGUUGGAAUCGUUUAGUGAACCUCGAAGACUAAGUGUUCAUAGUCCUAAGGCGCAAAGCACUGCCACAGCCCCCUCCUUAUGUGCGAAAACCAGUAUUAAUAGUGCUAGUACUACAAAUAAUGCGAAGACUUCUUCAAAGCUAACUUGUGGGAUGGAGACAUUCUUAGAUGUAUUCAAAAGAGAACAAGGUUUGGUUGAAAAUGCAUCUGCUUUUAUAAAAACUGAGCCAUUAGCACAGCCACCAGCUAAGGUUCCAAUGUCUCCUCCGAAGAAAUCUUCAUCUGGUAAGGGUUCUCAAGCGAAGCCGCGGCGCGGCCGAGGGCCGGCGGUGCACGAGGCGUUGCAGCGGAUACCGGCGGCGAGGCGCGCCGUCCCUCUGCCGAACGACACGUGGCACGCGCCCGGCGAGACACUCUUCCACUGCGGCCCCCUCGGAGACAGACCGCUCGCAUUCCGACAGAUCGAGAGCAGCAGCAGUGAUGAUGAUAAUAUGCCAGAUUUUGCAGAAGCAGGUUGCGUGUCAGCAUGCGUGGAGGAGAGUGCCGCUGAGUCUCGCGGCGCCCGACUAGCGCUGCGCCGCGCGGCGUUACGGCGCCACGUUGCGCGCGCACACGACGCACUAGCCCUCGCCGCGCACCAUAAGAAUCAUCGUGCGCUUGCAUCGUUACUCAAGAAACAGCUGAACAGGCCGGGAUCAUCAGGUCGUCUUCCAACGCAGACUGUAAAUCAUCUGCUCGCACUGCGCGGCAUGCCUUCUGUAUUAACCUCGCAAGAACGGAGGAGACUAAGACAAUCGGGCUGGUCCGGCGGCGAGCCGUCGCUGCGCGAGUGCGGCAGUGCGUCGAGCGCGUGGUGCGCGUGGGAGCGGUGCGAGCAGGGCGCGCUGCCGUGCGCGCGGUACUGCCUGGCGCACGUGACGCGCGCGCCCGACCAGCGCCUGUACGCGGCCUGCGGCGCCGUCUUCGCGGGCGGCGCGCGCUGUAACCAGCCUCUCUUGCCGCUGUCUGACCAUACGCCGCUGUGUGCUGAGCAUGCUUGGAAACGGGACAACUACGACAAGCUAGCCCGCGACUGUCGCCCUAAGAAGGUCCCCCGCAAGCGUCCGUCCCCCCCGGUCCCCCGCGGCCCGCGCCGCGCCAAGCGCAGGCGACGACCGCCCGCGAGACUCCGCCCGCCUACUGCAGAACCACUCACUGCAGAACAAUCACUCUCCGAGCUGAACGUGUGUUCAAACUCGUCAACGUACGAUAGUUCGGAGGAGGCGGCCAUGGGGGCGCUCAGUGAGAGCGAGUAUGUAACUGUCGCCAGCGAUUCUCAUGAGAUGGAAGUAGAAGUCGGCCACGUACCACCGGACGACAUAUUGGAUCCUGCUGUGCUCAGUCAAAUACCCGAUGAAGCGUUCACGGAGUUUUUCAAUCAAGCGGAAGGUGGAGCAGCAUUCGCGGAGAGUUCAGAGCUGGCCGCGGCAUUAGAAGCAGUGUUGGAUGAGCGGGUAUUGGACGAGCGGGUACUAGACGAGCGGGUACUGGACGAGCGGACGCUGGACUCUAUCGCCGACUGUGUGUUCACUCACUCGCCGCACUCGCACUACGCUAAGAACAAGAUGCAGGUCUCCACGUCCCUACCGAUGGAGAUGUCAUCGCGCGUGCCCUCAUAA